AUCCGGACCCGACUAGCCCGCCUGCAAGGGAACCAGGACAUGCGACCGGGGGUUGACGUUGUUGACAGCUUAGCUCCAAACAUGACACCUUGAUUCACCACAACGGCGCUCCAUGGCAGUUGACGCACGUGGGAACCAUGCAAGACGGAACUGCUGCGCGCAAUGAGGGUCGUGCUGAAGGCGAAAGAGCUCGUGCUGACGGCGAAAGAGAGCAUGCUUCGACGCGGCAUGGGAAACAUGAAGAACACGGCCAAGGGCAUCAACGAAGCAAAUCCGGAGGCAUACUAGGCGCUUUCCGAGAUGCCAUUGGCAAGUCACAGUCACUAUCUACUCAGAUAGGCAACGACGAGGGGCACGACCAAGAUGUGGAAGUCGCGAAGAGGGCAUCUUCCAUCGCGACUGCCCUGCGCCAAAGCCAGGGCAGGCAGAGGAAGGGAUCUUUAAGGAAGGCGGCUAUGGCGAAGAUGCGUGAGCGGAGCAGCUCUUUGCGCAAAGCCAAACCACCCACAAUCACCACUACAACGAGCGUGGACCCCUCGGACGAAGCAACGGCCCCGGGUCGCUUCAGCUACGAGAACGCUCCUCUCAAUUCUUCGUCCGACAGCGGAUGGCUCCCCGCUGUCCACCUGUCUCCAUCGUCACCCGCCGUCAUUUACACUCCACCCGACGACCCUGAACGUACCCUCCCGUCACUGCUUGCAUCACCUAUGAGCCCGGUGGCACCUUACGCUUCAACUACGGAUGAAGACGACAUCAUGUCCUUCUACCGCCCCUCUACCUCGGGCAAUGACUACUCCUUCAGUGGCCCGAACCAGGGCUCUGUUACAUCUCUCUCACACCGCCGUUCAACUCGGAGUAACCGACGCACUUCCAUUUCGGCAGUCCUGACACCUGCCGAGGCUGACCCCGAUGACGAGUGGGAUUACAGCGAGACGGAGUGGUGGGGCUGGGUCGUGCUCAUAGCAACUUGGAUCGUCUUUGUCGUCGGUAUGGGCUCUUGCCUCGGAGUUUGGAGUUGGGCGUGGGACGUCGGCGAGACACCGUACGCUCCACCUGACCUCGAAGACGACGCGACCCUGCCCAUUACUGGUUACUAUCCCGCAUUGAUUGUUUGCACGGCAGUCACGAGCUGGGUGUGGGUUGUUGUUGCCUGGGUUGGCAUGAAGUACUUCCGUCACGCCAAAGUGGGCGUAGACGGAUAAUCAGCAAGCAAAGCAUCAAGCAAGCCACAGAACCAUCACUUACCGACUACCGAUCGCAUGAACGUCCCAAGGUCCUGGGAACGACUUUUCUAUUCUAGUGCUUUCGCUUAACCUUACCGCAUGCGCAAUAUCUUCUUGGGCUGAAACACUAAGCUAUAAUACCUCUGUUAAGACACAUCAUAGCCUCGCUAUACCACACUCUACGCUACCAUCUUAAUUAUUGAAAUCGCCGACUGUCUCGACAGAAUAAGAUCUGCC